UUAUAAUGCUGGCUCUUGUAUGAAAUCUCCUGUUUUCUUCUUUGGCUGGACCUAUUGCUGAGUUGCAGUUGACCCUCUCCCCGAUUUUCGUGGCACCACCUUCAACGUCUCCUGCAUCUGCAUCUGCAUCUGUUGUACAUCUCAACUUGAUGAACCUCGCCCCGUCUCUAAUGCUUCAUUCUCACACCACCAGACACGGCGAGACAUGCGUUUCUUCUAUUUUCUUUUUUUCAAUAUGCGUUUCUGUGUUGCACCCUUUCGGUCACUUUCCGCUUUCCCCGCAUUUCCUCUCUGCACGGCAUCUCUUGUUUACCUUGCAUCAGAUUGUGUCUCGUGUUACGGAUACAGGAACACGUAGCUGAAGACGCGUCUCUUGGACUGCUGCAGAAGCUGUCUAACGUUAAAACACGGCGCCUGCGCAUACAGCCCUUUUGAGUAAAGUACCGUUUCCCCGCGUCCUCCAUUUCACGCGAUACAGCACUUGGCUAAUUUCCUUCCUUGGAUAUAAAUAAUACUAUAAUCCGCCAAUCAUACGAAUCGGACCCCUCUCAAGACCUUCGUCUUGCUGCUCAGGCAUUCACAACUGACUGCUCAGCCCGCUACAGCAGAGAAUGAGGUAACAAAAGCUCCUUGCAACAAAAUGUAACAAACCAAAUACUCCUCUUUUGCGCCGUAUCCGCAUUCAUUCAUUUGCAUGUCUCUUGCAACACUUUCAGCCUCAUUCGGCUCUGCACCCGUUAUGGAGAAUUCAAGGGUCCAGGCUCCACGGCCCAGACAAUUACCGGCUCCACGCAAGGUCAUGACCCAGUUCUUCUCGGCAACAGCUUCAUCUUUCAGGUGUGGUAUUUCCAUUCCACAAUCACUUCGUGAAGCCUCGGGAUAUCAAGACAUCGACUCUUUCUGACUCUCUUGUGAUAAUCUGGCAAGCACAUACUGUGUAACCCCGCGUUUAAGAUCAACAUCCUCCGCUAGGUUGCUACCUUUCAGCCUUUAUUAUUGGCUGAUAUACUGACUAUCCCCCACGAUGUGUGCACUCACGGACGCACGCCAUCAUUUCAUCGAUUCAAGACUGGUCUCAGUUUGUGUGAAAUGUUAUUUACGAGGAGAACACAGCAGGCGUAUUCUCUUUUCCUCUCUGAAACGGAGGUUCUGCAACCGAGUGUCUGUCUCCAUAAUCCGGACCGGUAGUUACAUGCCUCUUCCCGGCAUGAUUGAGAUCAAGACGGCCCGGUUACUAUGCAGAAACUGAGCAAACGGCCCUUGCAUGUCGAGGCGAGCGGGCUUUGAGUUUCAAUGGGCUUCACUCUUCGCUUCAAUACCAACGCAUUGAGGUCGUAGCAGUGUGGGUUGCAGCAUAAAGACACAUAUUAGGUAUCAAGCUGAACGAGGGCUUGGCUAACAAGAGCGAAGCUCAAGGAGACACUGGCCAGGUAUACGACCAUCGAGUGGAUGAGAACGGGUAUGUAGUCCAUAGUGAUCCUGUACUAUCCAUGUUGUAACCCCACGUCUAUAAGCCAGUUUGUUAGUGUGACCAGUACAUACGACCAAAGGUAGUGGAAAAUACGGGAUCCCGUCCGCUCUCCCAUAGUCAAGCCACUAACCGGCGGAUUAGUAGUUGGGUCGGUGACGACCAGCGAAUCCCCGCUGUUGUAUGUUUUUUGCUAUUUACAUAUACUAAUUCUACACUUUGCUUUCGAACUGUCAGAUAAAUCGUAGAAAGUGAGGAGUUUUGUUUUUGUAACACUUGCUUGACAACUGGCUAGGCUACGAAAGAUGGCCCUUGUGACUCUGACUCAUCUACCCAACUCCAUGUCAUCGCUACUAAACAGCUUGUAUGGAACCUCCAGGUAAAAAGUUAAAGAUGGAACAAGGUAAGACGGUCUAGGUACUAGGCGCGUAUUUACAAACACAAGUCUUGACCGGUUUGUUGAUUCUUCGCAAUGUCUUCGUCGAAACGGGCUCCCAGCCAAGCAACAACGAUAGAUUUGUUACCAGCUGAAGAAUUGCUCCGCGAUCUUCUGCUUGAGUGCCGACAGCAGUUGGCGACGCCAGAAUUGGAGGUAUGGAUAACUGGUGGCUGGGUGAGAGAUCGACUUAUGGGCAUCCACUGUUCCGACUUGGAUAUCGCUCUUAGUACCAUGUCAGGUGUGCAAUUCGGCAAUCUUCUGACAGAGUUCCUCGAGCAGAAUGAAGCCUCCUACCAACAGCGAGCAUUAGACUUGGGGAUUGAGUUCAAAAAGUUCAAUGGCUUUCAUUCAACCAAGAAGAAUCUCGACAAGUCUAAAAAGCUAGAGACUGCUGUUGGAAGAAUCUUCGGCUUGGAUCUGGAUCUUGUCAACCUGCGCAAGGAGGUAUACGACGACGAUUGUCGUACUCCAGAAAUGGAGUUUAACACCGCCGAGGAAGAUGCAUUCAGACGUGACGCAACUGCCAAUGCCCUGUUCUUUGACCUGCAAAACCGAAAGGUUGCCGACUUUACUCGCAGAGGCCUGGAUGAUCUGUAUGCUGGCAUAAUGCGAACACCACUCGAGCCGAGGCAGACCUUUCUCGACGACCCCUUGCGUGUGUUGCGUCUCAUCCGCAUAGGCAGUAAACUCGGUUUCACUCUUGAUCCCGAGGCUCUGAGCUGCAUCAAAGAGCACGAAAUUCACGUUGCUCUAGACGAGAAGGUCAGCCGGGAGAGAGUUGGGAUUGAGGUCUUUAAAAUGAUGAAGAACUGGAACCCUGAGCUAUCCUUUUCCUUAAUCCACGAGGCCAAUCUUUAUAGAACUGUCUUCCUGUCGUUGCGCUCUCCUCUACAUGAGCCCCUCCGUCAUCUCCUUUCCCCAAGAACCUGAAAAGCCAUGGCCCGCCACUUGGUCUCGGGCAAUUAACGCUAUCACGACCUUAGCGCAGGAUCCAGCAAGGGAUUUUUGGGCUUUGAUGGAAUCUGAGAAACAGAAAGACAUGCUUUGGGCGAUGGUCGCCUAUGCUCCGUUAGCAGAGCUAGACACCAAGGACCAUAAGCUUGCCGUUGACGAAGCUAUCAAUGCCCUAAAGGGCACCAGGCAGCUUUACAAGCUUAUAGAAUCGUCGCUAGGGAACUUGGAAUCUAUUCGAUCCACCAUGGAACUGGUUAUCGGCUCUACUCCGUCCCGGGGCAUGAUUGGGAUGAUGAUCCGAAAAUGGGGAGUCUUCUGGGGCCUGCAGGUUCUUUUCUCAGCUCUUGGGGAGACAGUUUACUUGAAACCACAGCCGGAAUCUCCAGACCCGAAUCAGGAGGAAAUCGAUAAAGUUUUACGGAGACAUGAAGCCCUGCUCUCAUUUGCCCAGAAACAGAGGCUGAAUUCGGUUUCGUCAAUAAGGCCAAUCUUGGAUGGAAACGCCAUUAAAAAGGCUCUCGGGGUCAAGCAAGGAGGGAAUUUCCUUGCCAGGGCGAUUGAAGUCCUGCUUGAAUGGCAACUUGAUCAUGAGGAGGCAGACGAAGCAGCGGCUGAGGCAUGGCUUCUUAGCCAGAGGGAUAAACUAGGCCUUCCAAUAGCUGAAAGCAAACGAAUUCCUCGACUUGACCAUCCGACUCAUAGGGUACACCUUUCCAGCACCCUGCAAGUUGCUCCGACCAUCUUGUAGCUUGGAAUGCACGAACAGCAUGGUCGGACCUUGACCAGAGGUCUAGCUAUGCCCCUUGAAUGACAAGGUAACCGGCAGCGAACCCACUUAGACUUUCAGUUCAGGGCCCUUUCUAGAGUACCUUGGUCUUCUGGUGCAAACUUUCGUUGUUUGUUUCUAGGGGCUUGCUGAAGUUCUCUGGAUCCAAGACUUACGAGACGCCAUGUCGGCCAGCCAGAUUUUAGGUUGCGAUUGCGGCACGUAUGGAGGUAGAAAGAAACAGCCCAGAGUGAAGGCCGCGAAGACGUUGAGACAGAGGAGAGAAAGGAGGUGGCAGGGCAUAGGCAGUGCAGCCAGUCUGGUGAACUGAACCUCAGUCAAUGGUUGACUGUUACCCUGAACCUAUAUGUCGAGACUUGCAAGUAUCAAAUAAUACCAUUGAUAAAGAAAGGACAAGAUAC